UAUUUUUGUUUUGUAUUGGUUUUGUACUUUGAUCAAAAUUUUAAUUAUCUCUGUAAAUAUUAAUUGACUGCAACAAAGUCUCGUGAAAGUUCUGUAACUACUUACUUUAACAUUACUCAAGUCUCUCUGACACACUAUUAUUCAUUUUCGCACGACCGAAAGUGAAAUUUACUUUUCCCACCUUGCAGACAAUGCUAUCGAAUGGUGAUUUAGAAAGGCUAAUUGCAGAGAAAAGACGUGAGAUUGAGAAUGAGAAAAUUGUUCUUGGGCUAUCGCCGGCGGCGGACGCGAACAACUUGCCAGAUCAAGAAGAUAAGGAGAAUGCUCGCUCUCAGCCAGUCAAGAAGACAGCGAGGGUGACAGAGAAGGUGCUUGCCGAGCAUCAUGAGAACAAGGGCCAGGAGGAGUCACGGGCCUUGGACGAGAUACCUGCCGGAUUGGAGCGGUAUAUCAGGCGCUAUCUCGGCCUGCCAGUAAUGUUGAAGGCGGGCGAGUAUUCCCCCAACAACCCGCUGGUGAGGAGCGAGCGGGCGCCGGGCGACGUGCUGUUGGGCCUCGGAGAGUACGAGCGGCGAAGAAACACGCUGCGCAAGAUUCGGCAGCAGCAGUAUAGGGAGUACCUCGAUCAGCAAGCAAAGAUAAAACAAGAGGCCAAAGAACAAGCGGAGAGGGAACGCCGGGAGCGAGAAGAGAGGGAAAGAGAGAGAGAAGAGGAAAGGGAGAGAGUUCGGCAGCAGUUGGAGAGAGAUAACAUAGAGGAGCAGAGACGGGCGAGCGUGUGCUAUGUGCCUGUAGCUAGUACCACCACUACGUAUAGGAAUAAAGUGGACACCGGUGUACAGGUGGGCAUCGGAAGACCGCUGUCAGUCGCCGUACAGACAGAUGAUGCAGAACUAUACCCACCCUCCCCUUCUCCGCGGUGGAAGCUCAUGCAAGCAGAGCGCGAGCUGUCCCCGCGCAGCGUGCUGGAGCACGAGGCGACGGCCGCCGCCGCGCCGCCCGCCGGCCACGGGCGCGGCCGCCGGCGGAGCUACGGGGAUUAUGACGAGCGAUCACCGCCAGCGAUAAAGAGAUCGAGCCGCGACAAGCUGAUAUCUAACCUGCGACAUACCUACAUGCCUUCUAUAUUCGAUGCCGAGGCCAUACACACGAGGAAUCUUCUAGCGGAGAAGGAAGCGGCGGAGCGACGGCAGUUCUACCAACAAGAACUCAAGAAUCAGAUCCUCGAACAACAAAGAAUACGUGAAGAACGGAAAACUAGAGAGAAAAUGCUGGAACAAGCAGAGAUGAGACGCCUGGAGGAACAGUUGAGGAUGCUCAGGGUCGCCCAGGAGAGGGAGGUCGGGAAACAACGGGACAUUGCCACGGCGAUGAAUGAAAACGCGUCGGAAUUCGACAAGAAACGUUCGACACUGCAAAAAGAAAUCGACUACGAACAUCAGAAGCUUCUCCGAGCGACUACUCAGCCCAAACGGAACAUCCCCACGGCGAUAAGCGAUAACACUUUACUACCCAAAUUCUACCCUAAAGAGCGCUUACCUUACUCCACAAACAUUCCGGACACGUCAAUAUUCUCACCAAACUACGACGUCGAUAGUUAUUUAAGAAAAAAUUUGAACCCCAAAAACGAUUUUUCGUCCAAAUUAGACUUUAGUGAUAAAAACGUUAUUGUAGAAAAAGCCUUAGUACACGAACGUCCUAAAGAUAGGGGAGAUUCAAAAUUCGAAUGUAGGUUUUCGAAAAAUGUAGACGAAAACGAUGAGACGCCUAUACCAGUUUUGAGGCAUUCUCCCAAAGAGACUGUAAGUAGGAAUGAUGAUAGUACGAUUGAAGGGAUGCAAUUAGUAGAGAAUAAGUGGAAAGUGCCUGCAGUACAGAAGAAUAUAUUGAAAUCACAACCUAACGAUGAAGGGAAGAAUGUUAGUAUUUUAACGCAGUUGGGAUCUAUAAGGAGACAGCUACAACUAGAGCAGAUGAGGUUGGAUAAUAUGUUGACUAAAUGUGAUUGAACCUUCCAACGAUAUAUCGGCAGUCGAAGGACGUAUCUUAAACUUUUUAGGGUUACCACAUGGACGACGUUAUAAUAAUAAAAUAGAUUUUUGUUUAACCAUUAUACCACCGAACCCUCCUCCUGUCAUGUUGCUGCCAAUGCAAUCCGAUUUAGAAUUGGAUAAAUGAGUGAAAAUUAUGAUAAAAAAAAACUUUGAACAGCUGUUUCUCGAAAUGGCCUUUUGGCGCUAACCUAAUUUUGUCUGUCCAGUUUUCAUUGACGAUAGUGAGAAGAAACUUUCUGCAUUUUAAAGUUCACGUCAAUGCCGACUAGCCAACUAUGAUAUUGGCCAACUAGUCUGCUUUGCCGAAUAGUCGGAACAUCACUGAUUUAUAUUUACCAUUUUAAACAUACCGGUUUCGUGUGAGUGAACCAGUGAACCCUAACUAGCGUGUCGGGCAGAAUCUUUAGUUUUUUAUUAUUCAACAAUGCCAAAGUGAAAAGAAUUCUCUCGUAAUUUUAUUAUUUAUAAUAUUUUGUAAUAGUCUCAAUUUGUUUUAGCACGUUUUUAUUUUAAUAGUAAUUCUUAUUAAUUAUUAUAUUUUUCAUUUUUGAGAUGAUUAUAGUACAGGGAUAAGCAAACAAACAAUUGGUAUUAUAUAAUCAUUCUCAAAAUGUUUUUUUAAUGUAUUUUAUCUAUUGAUCAUCACUAAUUUAAGAGCCACGCUCUUGUCGGUGUAGCAUUCUGCAUGCUACUUUUCUAUGGAAAAUGAGCAGUGGUUUCCUGCCUUCCGCCAUGUAAUAAUAUAAUGAUAAAAUUAGUAGUAAUUAAUGUAGCGACACCAGCCGGGUCUGCAUGACAACCGCCCCGCGCGCGGCGCGAAUUAUAUUGAGCGCUUCGACCAAUAGAUAGAUAGCAUUCGUAUCGUUUAUUCGUUCAAGCGCUCGAUAUAAUUCGCGCCGAGCGCAGCGCGGUUGUCAUGCAGACCGGCUGAUGGGAGAAAUAGGCAGUUUUUAUCCCCAUUGGGAAUAUACUCGAGAGCUUCUGUUACGUUGUUAUGCAUAUUUUUUUAAUUAUUUGCAUGUUUACCGAAGCAAGGAAGGUGAUACAAACUGUUUUUCACUUUAAAAUCGAUUUGGUCAUCCCUUUCUUGCACUUUAUCUUGUUGUCUUUAUUUUUUAUUUGUUAGUGGUGCCAAAAUGUUCUACUACUCAAAUGCUACCUUUGUAAUGUAACCAAAUCGCUAACUAUAUCAAAAGUAAGAAGCUUGAAUGUCUUUGGUAGCUUAUCAAUACGCGGCCAGGACACUCCGUACGAAAAUUUCGUUCUUACCGUGUGCCGCGUUACUGCGUAAGUGUGAGGGAGACAAACAGUACGCACGCGCUCCCUUACUCCUUAACGGCUUUCGGCUAUUUAGACUAAAGUGAAAUCCAAAGGGGAUGAGAUACGAGUUGGUGCGGGACGAAGUGUCCGUUCUAUACGUAGUAUUAUUCUAUGCUACUAUCACAGAGCUCCGUUAAAUAUUGCGUUAUUAAUUUGACAGCUGUCGGAAUAAUAUAUGUCAACAACUUAGGAAUACAAAAGGUGGCCUUAUUGCUAAGGUAGCAAUUUCUUCCAGACAAACCUUUUUGUACUAGCUUCUAUACAGUCUUUCUGUCGUGCUAUCAAAUUAAUCAAGGUAAAUUUAACAAUGUAUACGCCACAUUGCCGAUACGAUCUAAUUGUAUUUUAAGUUAUACCUGUCUCAUUCUUAUCCGCCGAAAAGGAAAGGGACGGGUAAUCGACAGGCAUAAAAUUCUAAAGAAAUCUAAAACAACCCUCUAAAAAUUUUACAUUGGCUAGUAACCCGACAGAAUUAAUUUAACAGCACCCGUCAAACGGUUCGCAUACCAGCGAGAUACCUAUUUAAUUCGCCUGGAUUAUUCAUUCGUUAAGGCGGAUAAGAAAAUGACAAGUAUAACAGAAAAUAAAAUGAGAUGGUGUCUAAAGAAAUUAGCACCGAUGUAGUUAUAAAAAUGUAACGUAUCAAAUACGCACAUUGUAUAAGGAACGAAAGACUGUAGGACAAAAGUCGAGCUUGGGAAGUGAGAUUAGAAUAGAUAAGCUAAAAGUUGUCUUUAUAAAUUAGCUAAUUAGGUAUAUUUUUACAAUUUCAUGCUUUAAGCUUAAGAGUAAAUGUCUAAUUUUGCUACUAAUGUGGGACCUUAUUUUUUAUGCGCUCGUCUUCAACUCGCGUGCGUAAAUAUAUACCUGUCUCAUCUUGCAAAUAACAAGUUCUAAUGUGCUACUUGAAAUGGGUAUACAAGGUGUUAGUGACAUCGUAACGAAAACUUUGGAGGUGAUUCAAGACCACGAUACGAACGUGAGUUGAAACAAGCAAUUUAAAAAGGUCCCUGGUACCAUGAAAUCUUGUAUCGUUUUUAUUUGCCAAAACACAUAUUCUUGUAAGUUGUAUUAUUAGGUAUUGCAAUGGUUAUGUUCACUUUAGUCAGAGAAAAACUGUAUACGGAAUCAUUCGAUUUUAUAUUUUAACAUAACAUGCAUCCAAUAUAUUGUCCAUUAUUGUAUUGUAUAUCUACGAAAAUAGCCACAAUUAAUAAUUAAAUAAGUAACGUUGGCAACACUUAUGAAUAAUUAACAUAAUACGCGCCAUUUUUAAUCUUAUAGUUGUAAAAAAUAACGAAAAUUUUAAAAUUGUGAACUGUAAUGUAUUUGUUUCUUCCAAGACUCUUGAAGUGGAAUAUUUCUGUUUUUAUUAUUAAAAACAUUUUGUUGUA